UAACGAAAUCGAAAGUAGGAAGCUAUUGGACCGGGUGGCAAAGAAAAGAAUGGAGAAAGAAGUGUCGUUUUUUGGCUGGAAAGCUGUGAAAGAUCGCAGUAAGUCUCUGGCUGAGAACCAGGAGCCGAAGUCAGGCCGGGCGUACACAAUGUUUCACGGCACAUUAUUAAAAAACGCCAAUACCAUCAUUAAUUCAGGAUUCGUACCCUCUAAAGAUGGACUGCUGGGCGCCGGAGUUUAUGUCAGUCGUAACAUUGAUAAAGCAAAGUGCUACCCGCCCUAUACCGACAAAAACGACAAAGUUGUUUUCAAACUGAAGGUGUGUGUGGGGAAUGUGAAGAAAAUAGACUGUGACAAUCAUCCUCUCCAGAAAUCGUGGCACAGCAACGGGUACGACUGCGCGUGGGUUCCCCCGAACAGCAACAUCUCCACCAUCAAGUCUGGUCGCGAGGAGGACUGUGUGUGGGACCCCAAGCGUAUCCAGCUGAUUGACGUGGCGUGCUGUGUAGACCACGAUAAGCGCAAGGAGCUUCGACGGCUGAUUCGCAGUGAACUGAGACCCGAAGGCUGUGAACUUUGCCAUCGCAGCACUUCUGAUGGAGACCAUAAUAUCCAGUCGUGUUGGGAGUGCAAAAAACAAAUCUGCCCUUUUCAGGAAAAACACGUAUGCAAAGCCAAGGAGUUUAGAGAAACAGUGUAAAUAGUUCAGAAUAUCAGAAUCGAAGGAAUAACUUGUGAACAAAUACACUAGUUCUUUAUCUGUUUUGUUUGUAACUAAUACUUAGUUUGUUCCCCUAGAUAUAUUUUGUUUGUUGUUUUUACGUACUGUAUUGUGAUGUAUAGGAAUUUUGAGAUAUGUUCUUCUUGCGUGUAAUUUUUAAGCAUUAAAAAGCUGUAGCUACAUGCAAUGACA